UGGGCCCCACUGUCUCAGCGCAAUACUUUAAUUAAUUAAUUAAUUAAAAACGCCUGCUUAUAAAACCACGAACCAUUGCAUUAUUGCUGCGGUUUUCCUCAGUCCCACCAAGAAUCAAGCAUCCUCCAUCCAUCUUCCAUCCCCCCAGCAGCUGCAGAUACAACACUGGUUUACUUAGCUAAGCUCUGCCUUCUUCCUUUGUUUCCUUCUUCUCAUGAUCUAGCUACAUAUUUCUAUCUAAGCUCUCUGAUGCUAGCUUUCAGGUCCACUUGAGAAACCUCUCUAAUCCUUUGCACCUUCCAAAGAAAUAAAGACAAACCAAGAAAAAAGAAAGAGCAAUGGUGGUUACAGAGUCUGAAGAGAUCUCCCAAGGGGAGGUGGAGUCACCAUUACAGCCCGAUCACCACCUUAGAAACCACACCUUGUUGUCUCUUGGCAGGCAAUCCUCUAUUUACUCUCUAACCCUCGACGAGUUCCAGCAUACCCUUUGCGAGAGUGGCAAGAACUUUGGGUCCAUGAACAUGGACGAGUUCCUUGCCAGCAUCUGGAACGCAGAGGAACAUCAACAAGCUAAUAAUGGCGCCACUACUAACAAUGAUCAGAUCAACAAUAGCAACAAUAAUAAAGGAACUCAGGUUUUCAAUGAUUUUUCUGGUGAUAGAGUGAUAUCUAAGCGGCCCAGUUUGCCUAGACAAGGAUCUAUUAGCUUGCCUGCGCCAUUGUGUAGGAAAACUGUGGAUGAAGUUUGGUCUGAGAUGCAUAGGGAGCAGGAGCAGGAGCUACAGAACCAAGGACAGGGCCACAGUAAUGGUAAUAAUAUGCAGAAUAAUCCUGAGUCUGCAGCUCCUUGGCAGCCAACUUUUGGUGAGAUGACAUUGGAGGAUUUUCUGAUCAAGGCAGGGGUGGUAAGGCAGCAGUGUCCUGCAGCUUCAGUACCACGGCAACAACAGCAGUACGGGAUGUACCAAAGCAACAAUAACAAACCUUCCAUGGGGACAGGUUUUGUUUCCAGGCCGGUUUUGGGAAUUGGCAGCGGAAGUGGUGUGGGUGCUGUUAGUUACCAGACAAUGCCACAAGGCGCUGGGCCUGUAGGUGAGACAUCAGGGAGGAAUGGUGGGUUCCCUCCGCAGGCAGCAGCAGCGACACCCGGGUCAGUUUACGGGGGAAGAGUGGGGAAUGGUGGUGGAUAUGCACCGAGUCAGGCAAUGGGGGUUAUGGGACAAGUGAGCCCAGUGUCAUCUGAUGCAAUGGUUAGCAGCGGUAUUGACAAUGCAGCAAAUCAAUUUGGAAUAGAUGUGGGCGGAUUAAGGGGAAGGAAGAGGAUUGUUGAUGGGCCUGUGGAGAAGUUGGUAGAGAGGAGGCAACGGAGGAUGAUCAAGAAUAGAGAAUCGGCUGCAAGGUCCAGAGCUAGAAAACAGGCUUACACAGUUGAAUUAGAAGCAGAGCUGAGCCAACUAAAAGAAGAGAACAAGCAGCUUAGGCGUGCUCUGGCAGAGCUCGAGAGGAAAAGAAAACAGCAGCAUCUUGAAAAGUUGAGAAUGAAAGCCCAGAGCAAGGGCCAAAAGGCUAAAGAGAAAUUGAGGAUUAUGAGAAGGAAUUUUAGCUGCCUCUUCUAAUAAUACCAAGCAACGUCUGUAUAAUGCAGAAAUUUGAGGGAGGAAGCACAAAUUAAAAUUCAGAAUGCAAAAUAGAGAAAUCAAAGGGCAAACCAAGAAGAUGAUUGAGCAACAGUACUUGGAACUGAAGAGUGUUGUCAAAUUUAUGGAUUAAGAGAGAAUGAAUCUAUGUAUGUAACCUAUGAUUUUAUGAGUAGUGGAAUGUGUAAAAGUCCAGUUAACAUAUGUAGUUAUAGAAGUUAGGUUUGCUUAAAUGUAAUUCUUGUAACAUAGUAGACCAAAUGUCCCUUGAAAUUAUAUGGGAUAUACAUGCAACAAAAGUUAUAUUCCAAUGCAAUAAUUCUGUGAAAAUUAAGGUAA